AUGCAUCGCUCCGCGAACACGCGUGUAGCGCAGCAGCAGCCCCGUCAGCCCCCUCCUCAUACCUCAAAGGGAACAACUGCAGCACAAGUCGAAGAAGGUAUCAUCAUGCAAGAUAUCGAGCUUGGUCCUCGACGCGUCAUUUGUGUGGCGCCGGGUAGCAUCUGUCGCUUCUACAAGGCUCGAAAGCGACCCCGACACAAGACCAAACGGCCUCUCCACGUUGCAGAGCUGUCUUGCGAGGAGGAAGAGCCAACAUAUCAUUGGCGGGAUCUCGACGGAGAAAGGAAGGCAAAACUUCGACAGGGUGGAUAUGGGCUCUCUGAUUUUGGUGUCAGCGUACAAGAUGGUGCUCUCGAAGAACAGCAUACGGCCAUCAUGGAUGCUGCCACAGACGACAACGACAGCGAGCGGUCUCACACCGCAGUCAACGCUGGAAUGCUGUCUGCAGAGGAAGACGUCAAGGUAUCCAGCUGCACCUUCAAGACCUCUUUCACGCUUCGCUUGGUCCCAGCGAUCUGGGACACAGGCGAAAACAGCACCACUCCGAGUUCGGAUAACGACGACGACAGGAGGUCGGAUACGACGCUCGGCGUAGACAUGCUUGCUAUCGAGGGAAAAAGUCCCAGGACACCAGAAGAGACGCUGUCCUCGGAGGCUGAUCCCCCGAAUGCGACUCGGGAAUCGUCAGCUUGGUCCGAUGCACCACAUAUCCAAGACCAAGAUGACGUGCUACAUACGCCGGUGCAAAGAAGCCACCGACCGCCGCCUGCUGCCAGCACGAAACCCAAGCCCAGAGCCGCGCCCGGGCGCUACCCCUGCCUGUACCGCGGCUGCGGCAGGACGUACGGCCUGCACAAGGACCGCGUGCGCCACAUGGACACGGCGCACGGCGCGGCGGGGUACGGCUGCCUGCGGUGCGACAAGACGUUCUCGCGCUUCGACAGCCUGCAGCGCCACCGCCAGAACGCGCGGCUGGACUGCCACGGGCCGCUCACGGUCGCGGACAAGGCCGCGCACGCGGUCGGCGGCGCGGACUGGCUCGCGGACGUGUCCGGGCUCGUCGAGCCCGCGCAGGACGACCCGAUUCGCGAGUCGUUCCGAGACGCGGGGCGGCUGAGAGAGGAGGACAUGGCGCGGUUUGGGCUGGGGGUGGUUCGUGGCUAA